AUGAUGGCGGGCUACUCUGUUGAGGCAGCCAUGGCUGAGGCCUUGGGUCAUCUUAACCGCAUCGCGUGUCAUCAGAUUCCCAUUAACGAGUUCGCUGAUGUGGAGCAGGCUACAAGCUGCCAGAACACUGGGGUUAAUCACAAUAUGAUUCAGCAACAAGCUGUCGCGGCUCUCAUGAACGAGGUCGAGAAGGGAAAAGACAGUAUCACCUGUCAAACCAGCACCUUGCAGAACAUCCCGUCUGAAGCCCAGCUCCCAACGACUGGAAGCUGGGCUCAGGUUGCUGGUUCUACCUCAAGUCAUCCAGUCCAUCCUCAAGGGGUGGGCCAGUUUAUGACACCGUUGCCCUUGGGACCGGCCUCUCUGUCCAAGCAGAGCUCGACCAAUGACGAGAAUAGUAAUACUCGAGUGUCAGGAAUCUCAGACGUCGCGCUUUCUGCGCCCAUGUUUCCAGAAAUUCCAGAGGCCAAGGCAGGAGUCCUUCGUGUCUAUGGCAAAACCUCCAAAGAGAUCAUUCAGUAUCUUACUACCCGUAUCCACGAGGGUCCAUUGCAGGACAUUCGACUUGAAACCAAUGGAAGGACGCGAGUGACCUUCCAGCAUGCGUCUCAGGCGCUUGCUUUCCUGAAGUCUAACCAGGAGAUGGAGCAAAUGCUUGGCUACGGACGUUUUGGAUGCGGCUACCGCGUUGAGUUGGCUGAGAUUAUUGAUUGGAACGACGAUCAUCGUCGGAUGAACCAGCCCAUCCGAGAGCGCCGUCGCCUGUCAUUCGCGAGAAAGCGGCUCUUUGCCGACAAUAUGUCACCAGAGAAGUGGAAGCAGGACAUCCGCACUUUAGCUGGACCAGGGAACAUUGAUUUCCUCUGGGUCUUCAAUUCUGGUAAUGUGGUAGCAACGGCUGUCUUCACGAGCACAACCGUUGCUCGCAAGGUUUUGGAAGUGUUUAACCGAUGGAAAGACGGCCGAAACGUUUACAGUGGGGUUUCCGUGACCUACUCGUCGGAUCCAUGCGAGAAAGAGUUAGUUUUGGUCAAAGACACUGCUCGCCCCAACAUUGCCAAGAAUUUUGUGAAAAGACCCAUUCGAUAG